UUGUCCUCCAUUCUCCUCUAUUCAAAUCCAACCAAAAUUUCUAGGCUCUAUCAAUUCUAGUUUCUUGUGGAUUGGCUUCAAAAGCUAGUAGGAUGGCUUCAGUGAUCAUGUCAUUUGCUCCAGCAACCGGAAGAGUCUUUGCAGCUACAGCUGCAAAGGAAGCAGGUGGUAGCAAGGAGGAGAAAGGAUUACUGGAUUGGAUUCUAGGAGGCAUGCAGAAGGAAGAUCAGCUACUAGAGACUGAUCCUAUACUCAAGAAGGUUGAGGAGAAGAGUGGAGGCACCACCUAUGGAAAAAAGAACUCUGUGGUAGUGCCACAAAAGAAGAAGGGUGGUGGUUUUGGGGGCUUGUUUGCCAAGAAUUGAAGCAUUUUUUAUGCAAGUACCUAAUUCUAAUGCAUGCAUUAUAUUCCUGUCCUUUUAGCUUUUAAUAUGUAUUGAUCAUUAUGUAGUCUUAAAGUUUGUGUUUGCUCUUCUGGUUCAUUGAAAUUUAUAGAACAAGUUGAUUCAUUUUGGGUGAGUUACCACUUAUCAUCCAGUUACAAUCUGUUUGACAAUUUAAACGCUCUUGCUUUGUUUGGCCAAUUUGGCCCUGAUUUUUUAAGUCUCGGAAAUUCAUUGUAAAUGAACCUUAUUAAGUCAUGCAAUUAGCUUUAAGACCCAGUUAA